AUGUUGAACGGAUUCAACGAUAAGGAGAAUAAUAGUUCCAGAAAAGUUAAAGAGAAUAAAAGUAAUAUGAGCGCCGGAAGUGCGACGCUAGAAAGAGAGCUGGCUAGCACCCGGCGAUUGCUAUGGGGCGAUCACGUAAAGGAGGAUGUGUUUCGGCGAUGGGCGCAAGGGUUCCAGUUCAGCGCUGACGAACCCAGCGCUCUUAUUCAACAAGAGGGUGGACCAUGUGCGGCCAUUGCCCCUGUGCAAGGCUUCCUUCUCAAGAUACUGUUGUCGGAGACUCCUGGACAUAGUUUUCAAGACUUAACAUCAGAAAAGUGCAAUUCUUUGCUUGUUAGGGCUGUGUGUAUGAUAAUAAGCCAGUGCCUAGUUACUAAGUACAAUGUGGCUGUGUACCGCAAGAACGAUUCUGAGGCAAAUACUAGCGCUGGCAACAAUGUGAGUGUAGAAGAACAAUCUUGUGAUGCAAUUGACCAUUUUCAUCGAAGAAUUGAAGUACACUCGUUCCAAACAUUAUCAGAAGUUGAGGCUUUCUACACAAGAAACAUAAGAAUUUUGAAAGACAAAUAUGGUGUUCUGCUACUUUUAUAUAGUGUCAUUCUUAGUAAAGGAGUUAGCACAGUGGAAGCUGAGCUUGCUGAACUGUCAGAUCCAUUGAUACACUCUACAUAUGGAUAUGGUUCCCAAGGACUUAUUAAUCUCAUGUUGACGGGUCGGGCAGUGGCACAUGUCUGGGAUCAUGACCAAGUUGUUGGUGGAUUGCGACUAAGAGGAAUUGAAAGGCAGAAUGAUAUAGGCUUUCUAACCAUUAUGGAGCAUAUGCAAUACUGCACAGUUGGCUCCUUUUAUAAGAACCCUAAGCAUCCUGUUUGGGUUUUGGCUUCAGAGACUCACUUGACUGUUCUGUUUUCUUUGGAACGGAGGCUGGCUGCUCCAGAAACUGCAGGGGAAUCAGCUGAACGUAUCUUUCGCUCAUUUGAUCCAGAAGGCAAUAACUUCAUACCAUCCGCUGCACUUCAGGAUGUAUUGUGUGCUGCAGACCUUGUUAGUGAACCUGAAUAUGUAGAAUUAAUGAGAAGAAAAUUAGACUCAGAGAAUCUGGGUAUCAUUCUCUUAAGUGCAUUUAUGGAUGAAUUCUUUCCGGGUUGCGAACGCGGUGCGCCAGAUACAUUUACUUUGCAUCACUACAAUGGUCUACUUCGUAGCAGUCCUGGUGGUCGAGUAGUGUACCGCACUGGUCGGGCUGCUCUGCUUGAGUGCCCAAUGCAUGCUGCUACCACUGACCCUAUGCUCACAUGUCUUCAAACUAAAUGGCCCAGCAUUGAUGUUGUCUGGGAUGAUGGGCAAUCACCCUCACUUAAC